AACCAACCCACUUUGCACUUGCUCACACGAUCGCUACGACGAACACGUCAUCGCGAGGGAAGAAAUGGGCUCGUGCGUCUCGCGCUCGCCGGCGUCGACGUCGGCGCCGGGGUCAGGGCGGGCAGUGGCCACCAAGACGGCGAAGGUGGUGGACGUAGACGGCUCCAUGGCGCAGUUCACGGCGCCCAUCACGGCGGGCGAGGUCCUAGGUAGCGUCCAAGAGCGCCGCCCAGGCGCGUCGGUCUUCCUGUGCAGCUCCGACGAGCUCCGCUUCGACGUGCCCGCCCGCGCGCUUGCGGCCGAGGAGGCGCUCCAGCCCGGGUGGCUCUACUUCGUGCUGCCCGUGUCCACGCUCCGCCGCUCACUCUCCGGGCCGGAGAUGGCCGCGCUCGCCGCCAGAGCGAGCUCGGCGCUGGCCGUCGCCAGCGGCGUUGCGUCACCCCCGCGGCGCAAGAACGGGGCCCGGGUGCCCGGCGGCAACAGCAAGCGACGGAAGGCGGCGGCUCGUGUGGCGCCGCUCGUUGUCGCUGACGAGAUCGACGGACGGGACGGUGGAUCGGACCGUCACCAUGCGUACGGCAAACACGGCGGCGAUGAGCCAGCCGGGAAGGCGAGGAAGGGAACUGGCUGGAGUGGAAGCCGCAGCAGCACUCGCCGUCGUCGCCGUGCAUCUGUCACCCCAACGCUGAGCUCCAUUUUGGAGGCCGAUGACUUCUGAGCAACCCGGUGUCGAUUCAACGGUUCGAUUCUUGGGAGUGGUUAGCAAAUUUUUUUGUUAUCAUGGAUUAGUUUAGUUGAUUGAUUGAGUUAUUAAUUAGUCCAAUACGUUGUGUUGGUCGACCGGUGUAUAUACUGCAUACGAGUUAUAUGUACAGCA